AUGCGCACGGGAGCUCCUUCGGCUGCCCUGGGACCUGCUGCGCGGUCCCUGCGCUGGACUCUCGGAGACACUGGCCAGACUCUCCACCAUCCGAGCGCAUCCGAGCGGCAGGAAGGGCACAGAACCCCGGAACGAGUUCCGGGGCCCGGCGAGGGUGGUCCGGAAGGGAGCUGCGAGACCCGACUGGCGAGAUGUGAGAGUGGACACUUAGGGCUCACUGCAAAGAUGCUCUGGAGCCUGAACGCCUGGGCCCUGAGAUCCCUUCCUCGGAACCUUCUGGGGCUCCUCGGCUUUCUGCUCCGGAUCUCUGCAACUCUGCCUGGCGCUGAAGAUCAAGUGUGUACUUUACAGAUGACCUUACGGAAUUUCCGGCCAAUCUUAUCCUGGGAAUUUCCGAACCCGGAAUUUGUGCCCACCCACUACACACUGUCAUACACCAUCAUGAGUAAAAACAAAGCCAUGAAGAUGGUAGAGAAUUGUGUCCAAAUCACAAAGCCCUUCUGUGACCUGACGGACGAGUGGCAAGAACUGGGCGAAACCUACAUCCUCAGCGUUGUUGGGUCCCGAGGGAACAGGACCCUGAGGUGCAUGGGUGACAUCCAGCUGACCAACAACAUGUAUUUGGAACCCCCCAAGUUUGAGAUCCGUGGCUUCCUGGACCAUAUUGAAGUCAUCAUUCACUUUCCGCUGCAUGUCUCCAGGAUCAUAGAAGAAUUACUGAUUAACAUUCCCCUUGUCAUUGAAGAGCAGUCAGAAGCGAUGGUCAAGAGGUAUAAGCCCAAAAUCCAUGGGAACAACGUUGGAAAUUUCUCUUACAUCAUCGACAAGUUAAUCCCAAACAUGAACUACUGCAUCUCGGUUUAUUUUGAACGCAGGAACCCCGAUCUGGCAUCAGCCGUUCAGUGUACCCUCCUUCAUGAGCCAGACUCAUCGGACUCUGGCAUACUCGGAGGAAUCAUUUUUCUAUUUGUCAUGGUAGCCGUCAUCACAAGCCUGCUGUUAAUUAUGAAACGGGCGGGUUAUAUUUGCUUAAGAAGGGAUUUUCCCAAAGUUUUGAAUUUUUGUAACAUGUCAGCCUAUGUAUUUCUGGACAUGCCACGACCAGAAAAGACAGAUCUGAUAGAAGAGGUCAUUGUGAAGAAGAAAAAAGUGUGCAAUCAUGAUGAUUAUAAUGAUGACGAUGACGAUGAAAGUGACAGCGAGGAUGAGGAGGCCAGUGAAACCAGCCCUGGUGGCUACACCAUGCACGGCCUCGUGGGCCGGCUGCUGUCCUCCACCUCCUCCUCUAUAACUUUGGAUGGUCCCCAGGACUCCACCUCUGAGGACGCUGCCCCAGCAGAACCUGAAGCUGGCACUGAGCUUCCAGCAGUCCCCAGGUCUGAUUCCCUGCAUUGGGAAUGCACUAUGAGGGCUUGUGAGGGAACAGGGGACCAGCCAAAGGACCCCUUUGCUGAGGAGGAAGCCACCUCCACAGAAGGAUCUGGGGACAGUAGAAUCGUCUUCAACGUGGACUUGAAGUCUGUGUGUGUGCGGAGCCUGGAGGACGAGCUCUCCAGGGAUUCCCUCAUGCCUACUAUGCUUCCAGAAGGUUCCAUGGAUCUGCAGGAUCCUGAUGAUAUGGACUUGGGCCAGAUGGAAAACAGUGUGGUGGGAACAUGGCUGACCUUGGCCGAGGAACUGUGGUCAGAAGACGGUGACCCCUCGGAGGAAAGUGACACCCAGUCUAAAUCGGACUUUUGCUUUGGGGAUGGUUACAUAGCCCGAUGAACCCCGAAACCAUCACUUCCUUUGGAUUAACAGAUAC